UGGCCUUAUUUUCCGGCUCGCUCGUUGUUUGGGAACUAAAAUGGAGGCACAGGUGCUUUGCCUGAGAUUCUCACCAGUUCCACCAUUGCUCUCUACUUCCUCAAUCUUACCAAAGCUUUGGACUUCUCGUUUUUUGAAGCACUAUUCAUCUGGUCCUGUUUUACGGAGGAGCUUAAGCAAGGAAGAGCCGCUUAUUGAUGGGCUUCCUAAAGAGUAUUACGAUGAUGAAUGGCAAGCCCGGCAAAGAGAGAAGACAAAGGAGUUACAUCGAAGGCGUCAAGAGGAAGAUGAAGAAGAGGACAGAAAGGUAGAAGAAUAUCGUGAAAUUGGGAUGCGUCUGAAAGGAUUUCCAGAAGAAGAUGUCAGAAAAGCUCGAAAACUGGUUUCAAGCUUUAUUAGAGCUGCUGAAGAAGUUGAAGAGAAAAUUGAGGAAGCUGCUGAGAAAGGGGAACUAACAGAGCUUGUUCUAUUGGUCAUAUGGAAUCGGCUUGAUUUAGCACGUCAUGAUGAUGAAAAGGAUGCAAUUAGAAGUCUUGAUCUGCUAUAUCGAAGGGUUGAGACUGAAAUUCUCAAACGAGAGGCUACUCCUGCCAUGAGACUCCUCAAUGAACUUCUGAAUAUGUAUGAUGGUUUUGACGAUGAAGGAUGGUUAAAGAACUGCAGAAAACGCAUGGUCGAUACCUUUCCGCGGGAGGAUCCAUUUAGCAUUCUCGUUCCAGCUGGAUUCGACAUCGAUAAGCAUCAAGGACCGUUACGGCCAUCUCUUGAAGUUGAAGCUGAUAAUACGUUGUUGAGAGUAGACUUCGUCAGAGAGGUUGAUGAGUUGCUACAAGAAGUUGGAGCAGAUCAGAGUGAAGUGCAAAAUGGAAAUGCAGAUGGUUUUGAUGCGGAAUCUGUGGCAAGUAGGUUGAAACAACAGGAGAAACAACGUACAAUAAGGUUGGUAGAAGCGCUGCUAGAUUUGGCUAUGAAUCUGAAGUGGUAGAGUAGCAAUGAGAAUGAAAUGGGCUGGGCGUAGAUCUUAGUGGAAAAGAGAAUUGUAAGAUUUUUCUCUCUUUAGUAUAAUGAUGGUUGAUGGGUUGGAUGGGCUGAGAAUCAAAUCUCUCACCUCUAGUAAAGAAGAGGUCAUGUCAAUCAUUGAGUUAAAAGCUCACGUUACACUGAAGGAGAAAAUUGAACUAUAGACUUUUGGAUUUAAAACAAUAACGGGUAUGCUACAUGCUUGCAUAGGUAAGUAAUCCUAAAAUAACCUUAAUUUGUAGGGAAAUUGUAGCGUAUGACAGAUUUUGGGGUUUAAUUUUGAAAAAUGAUAAAACCGAAAGAUAAUAAAAUUUAUGAUAGCUCA